CAAUAUGACCGAGGUCGAGACGCCGCUCCUCUGGUGUGUGGACGAGCUGAACGUGGCCACGCGACGCGGUCGCGUGGUGCGCAAGGUGCGCGAGCGCUACCUUCGCGACGAUCUGAGCUGCUCGCUACCUAAUUGCUCGCUUUGCAGCGCCGACGAUGACGCAUCAGCAGCGACACACGUUCUGGGCACAACCAAGACGCUGUUGGCCGAUAAUCCACGUGACGGAGUGUAUCUAUUACCGUCCAUGAAGACAGUUCUACUGCAGAUGGACGCUCUAGAGUUUAGCACUAAGAAGAAGAAGAAGACGAAGGAGGACACUGCAGGACAAGAAGUCUUUGCGGACGUUCUGGUGCUUGAGACGGUGUGGGAGUUCGUCAAGCGUCAAGAUCUGGGCGUCUACAAUCGUCUACGCGCGCUGCUCAUGAACGCUGACAGACGCUUCGUGGUCUUCGCUAAUGAACACCACAGAUCCUGCUUUGUCCAGAAGAAACAGAUGCUGCCCAGAGGCUACAAGGAGGACACUUCGGGGGACACUCCAUUAGAGACCGAGGAGGAGCGCAAUGAACGCGCCGUAGCCAUCGCCUGGAAGUGGUACGCCGACCACUUGGCAGAGCUGCAGCGGAAGGAUGUCACGGUCCAAUUUUUAGCCAAUGACGCGGAAGAUCUGAAGCAGGCUGAGAAGUUUGGUGUCAUUGGAGGAAAAACCAUUGCAGAUUUUCUAAAGCCUGUGGCAGAUAAAUUCCCAGAAUUGCAGGAUUUAUUGUCUGCCUCGGCUGCAGAGGAGAAGGAGUUGACGGCUGAAGGUGUGAGUAGCACCAAAGGAAGAGGUAAAAAGAAGCUCUAUCCGGUGCAUUUAUCCGCUGCUGAGCUACUGGCGGGGAUUAAGAACAAGCGGUUCUUUAAGGGAACGAUUCGAUGCAAUAGAGACCAUUGGCUCGAGUGUCAUGUGUUGAUUCACGGUGCUAAUGGAGUCAAGAUUCCAGUGUUGCUACAAGGACGAGAGCAUAUUAACCGUGCGAUUGAUGGAGAUCUGGUAGCCAUUCAACUGCUACCGAAGGACCAAUGGAAGAAGCCGUCGGACUCGUUUGCUGCCAAUGGAACGGCAGCUGCGGAGGCUGCUGAAGAGGCUGAUGAGAACGAAGAAGUGCAGCCGGAACCAGUGGGAGUGGCGGAACCUACAGUGUCGUUGGAACAAGUGGCUUUGGUGCAGAGUGACGCGUCGCAGAACGCCAAGCCUGCUGGACGUGUCGUGGGCAUCAUCCAGCGCAAUUGGCGCAAGUUCUGCGGCUCUUUGGAGCCUCCUCGUGACGGUGCGCUGAAUGCGUCUGGAAGCUGCUUGGUGGUUCCUGUGGAUCGGAAAGUGCCAAAGAUUAAGAUCCAGACGCGUCAACAGGAAGCUCUGAUGGACAAGCGAGUGCUGGUGGCGAUUGACUCUUGGCCUGCAGACAGCAAGUUCCCUCUGGGUCACUACGUACGCACACUGGGUGUGAUUGGCGACAAGGAGACGGAAACCAACGUGCUCCUCAUUGAGCACGACAUUCCGUGCGACCAGUUUAGUGACGAAGUGAUGCGUUGCUUGCCUCCUGAAGACUGGAAGAUUACACCUGAGAACUCAACAGGACGCAGGGACCUGCGUGACCUGCCUGUGUGCAGUAUUGACCCGCCCAACUGUAAGGAUAUCGACGACGCUCUGCAUGCCCAGUUACUGCCCAACGGGAACCUACAGGUGGGUGUUCACAUUGCCGAUGUGACGCACUUUGUGGCUCCUGGUAGUGCUCUAGACGAAGAGGCUGCGGAUCGUGGCACAUCCACUUACCUUGUGGACCGCCGUCUCGAUAUGCUGCCAGGUCUGCUGACUACCAAGCUCUGUUCGCUGACGGAUACGGAAGAUCACUUCGCUUUCAGUGUGUUGUGGGAGUUAAAACUUGUGGGCGAUAACGACGUUCAGGUGAUUGACGUGCAGUUCUGCAAGAGUUUGAUCCGAUCGGUGGCGUCGCUGAGCUAUCAACAAGCUCAAGAGUUCUUGGACGAUCCAGAUGCUGGCGGAGUGUACGGUCAAGAUACGAAGCCAAAGAAGAAGAAGAAGGGCGAGAGUGACGAGGAGUUUGAACGACGACAAUUGCUGGGAAGUGGCAUCAAGACUCUGAAUACUAUUGCACGCAGACUGCGAGCUAAGCGUAUUGAGGCUGGAGCGUUGACUUUGGCUUCUCCUGAAGUGCGGUUUGUGCUGGAUACGGAGACUCAGAACCCGCUGGAUGUGCAGAUGUACACGCUGAGAGACACCAACGCUCUGGUGGAAGAAUUCAUGCUGCUGGCUAACAUCACAGUGGCCAAGAAGAUUGUGCGGCACUUCCCGACGUUCUCGAUGCUGCGUCGUCACCCGGCGCCUUCCAAGCGCCAAUUUGACUUGCUGUGUAGUCAGGCGAAGGCUGUGGGUGUCGAACUGCACGUUGACACAUCGAAACAACUGCAAGACUCUCUGGAUGCUGCCGAUAAGGAAGCUGCGGGUGGCAAGAGGAAACACGGCAGCAAGGCGAACCCGUACUUCAACAAGUUGCUGCGUAUCAUGACCACGCGCUGUAUGAUGCCAGCGAGUUACUUCAGCUCGGGCGAGGUGGCUCCUCCUGAGUUCCACCACUACGGUCUGGCUGCUCCGAUCUACACGCACUUCACGUCGCCUAUCCGUCGUUACGCCGACGUUGUGGUGCAUCGCCUGCUGGCUGCAGCUAUCGGUGUGGCUCCACUGCCCAGUUACCUCGAGAACAAGUCGCAUCUGCACGAGAUCAGCGACCAACUCAAUCGUCGUCACCACGCUGCGCAACUGGCUGGUCGAGCGUCGGUGACUCUGCACACGGUGCUGUACUUCCAGCAGUAUCCUACGCGCACAGAUGCCGUCAUCACGAAGGUCAAGAACAAUGGCGUGGGUGUUCUGCUGCCUCGUUUCGGUAUUGAAGGCAUGAUCUUCCUUUGUGAUAAGGACGAGCAGGACGACGAAGAUGUUGUCAAGUUCGAUGGAACUAGUCACACGCUCUUACUGGUACAGAAGAACCUCAAGCUGCAGGUGUUCAACCGUGUCCGUGUCAAGGUUUACGUGGCGCUCACGUUCGGCAACCGCCAGGAACUCAAGAUGGACUUGCUGGACGAAGACGAUGAUGAGGACGACAACCAGGACGACGAGAAGCAGAAAGUAGCCGAAGCGAACCUCCGUGCUGCUCGUAAAAAACGCAAGGUGGCCACCUAAGUGUAGAAAGCUUGAAUUGCACGUACGUCCUGCUUUUUUUAUUCUAGGAUGUUGGUACUCCGGUGAAAGUACUCGUUUCUUCGGUGCAUCCUGAAAAGAAAGUUGUGCUUGAUCUCGAUCGCAUUCUCCAAUGCGCAUCGUUGCACGAAAGAUUUGUAUCAAACACCUUGUGCACGUUACUCCAUGUUGAUCACAACUGUUUGAGGGAUGGAGCGCUUUCAGUUACUUCCGCCAUAGAUUAAAUGAGAGUAAUGUAUGUCA